AUGCAAGAAGAUACAGAGGUCAUGGGGGCCCCCCUAGGGGGCCCCCUAGGGGGCCCCCUGGGGGGCCCCCUGGGGGGCCCCCAGGGGGGCCCCCUUAACCAGGGGGGGGCCCCCAGUGUACCCAUGGGGGGCCCCUGUGAGCUGGCUGUCCGUUCUUUUGUUGAAUCCUUGUGGCCGCGGUGGGUUGAACCCCACAGUUUGCUGCUGCAGCAGCGCGGAGCAGCAGCAGCAGAACAGCAGCAGCAGCAGCAGCAGCAGCAGCAGCAGCAGCAACAGGACUGUUUGAGAGUUGUUGCUGCGAAGCGGUUGCUGCUGAAGACGUGCGGCACUGUCUGCUGCUGCUGUGGCUGCAUCACUAACAGCGAGCAGCAGCAGCAGAAACAGCAGCAGCAGCAGCAGCAGCAGCAGCAAGAAGAUGAAGCGGUUGCAGAGGAUCUGCUGCUGCUGCCUGUCUCCUCAGGAGACACCCCACCCCUUUCUGAGGUUGUUGCUUUGCUGCAGCAGCAGCAGCAGCAGCAGCAGCAGCAGCAGCAACAGCAGGUGCAGCCUCAAGUGCAGCAGCAGCAGCAGCAACAGCAGCAGCAACAACUGCAGCAGCAGCAGCAGCAGCAAGAGAUGCUCUUUGAUUUGCCCGCAGGUAUGGAAAGAGCCAAAAUUUGCCUUGCUAUUGUGCAGCAGCAGCAGCAGCAGCAGCAGCAACAGCAGCAGCAGCAGCAGCAGCAGCAACAGCAGCAGCAGCAGCAACAGGACACAGCAGGUGCUGAGCAUCAGUCUGUGUUGCUGCUGCAGUGCUCGACCCCCAACUGGGAUGCCUUCAAAGCUACUAUACCCUGGCGCAGCUACAAAACCCUAAACCCUAAACCCUAA